AUGCCCAGCUCCACUGCGAUGGCAGUUGGCGCGCUGUCCAGUUCCCUCCUGGUCACCUGCUGCCUGAUGGUGGCUCUGUGCAGUCCGAGCAUCCCGCUGGAGAAGCUGGCCCAGGCGCCGGAGCAGCCGGGCCAGGAGAAGCGCGAGCACGCGUCUCGGGACGGCCCGGGGCGGGUGAGCGAGCUCGGGCGCCCCGCGAGGGACGAGGGCGGCAGCGGCCGGGACUGGAAGAGCAAGGGCGGCCGGGGGCUCGCCGGCCGGGAGGCGUGGAGCAAGCAGAAGCAGGCCUGGGCCGCCCAGGGCGGGGGCGCCAAGGCCGGGGACCUGCAGGGCCGGCCCCGCGGGGACACCCCGCAGGGGGAGCCCCCGGCCGCCGCCCAGGACGCGACCGGCCCGGACCUCGCGCCCACGCCCGAGCCGCCCGAGGAGUACGCGUACCCGGACUACCGCGGCAAGGGCUGCGUGGACGAGAGCGGCUUCGUGUAUGCCAUCGGGGAGAAGUUCGCGCCGGGCCCCUCGGCCUGCCCGUGCCUGUGCACCGAGGAGGGGCCGCUGUGCGCGCAGCCCGAGUGCCCGCGGCUCCACCCGCGCUGCAUCCACGUCGACACGAGCCAGUGCUGCCCGCAGUGCAAGGAGAGGAAGAACUACUGCGAGUUCCGGGGCAAGACCUACCAGACUCUGGAGGAGUUCGUGGUGUCACCAUGUGAGCGGUGCCGCUGCGAAGCCAACGGGGAGGUGCUGUGCACCGUGUCGGCGUGUCCUCAGACGGAGUGUGUGGAUCCCGUGUACGAGCCUGACCAGUGCUGCCCCAUCUGCAAAAAUGGUACGUGA